CAGAGGACUUAAACUUUAUUUCCAAUUAGCCGCUUUAAAAGCUCGUGAUGACGGAGAACUUGGUAAAGCAAAGGAAUUAUUGGAAGCGUCCAAGUGUAUUGGUGAAGCGAUUGUCAAUAUUGAAGCUGGUAAAGAAACAUUCGAUCCUGAAACCGACUUACCUCUACCACCAUCGGAAUACGAAUUUUCUGGUGAAGAUAAAGAGAAUUCAAGUGAAGCUGUCAUCGCACCGCCACCGACAGCAGCGAAACAAACAAAAAUAUUUUGUUUCAUUAAGGAAAAGAUGAAAGAAAUAGGCGAUGAUCCGUCACAAGAUUCAAAAAGACGUCGUUACAAUCGUAUUCUUAAUCGAUAUGAAGGAUUACGCGCCUGUGAAAAUGGAUAUACUUCCUUUGAAUUUGAAGAACUAGUUCCUCCUCCAGGUUAUCCUCCGUUAAAUGAUUGUUCUAAAAUAUCUAAAGGUGGAAAAUCCACUAGUAGUAAUGAAUCUAAAGCAGCUUUACCAAAGCCUAGUUCUGGACAAGUUUCAGGAAAAAGUAAAUCUGAGGCUGUUGUUACACUUUUAACUAAACGUCAGGAUGAAUUAAAAGAAGCUGCUAAACUUGCUAAACAAGCAGGUAAUAUUGAAUUGGCCAAAAAGUAUAGACGAUCAUCCCUGGGAAUGAAUCAAAUGAUACAAGCUGCUGAGGCUGGUUUUCCAGUUGAUUUAUCCCAGUUGCCACGACCGCCUACACUUAAUGAAUCUGCCGCAUAUAAGCCAAUUUUAAGCGGAUCAAACUGUGAUCCACCUGUGAAGUAUGCAGUCGCCCUCAAAACAUCUUCGGGCGAUCAUCUAGUUCAGGUGUAUUCAGAAAUUUUAUCAGAACAAGAAAAGUUGGUUAAUCAUAUGAUAACUGAACAUCGUCGUAAUGGCGAUCAGUCUAUCAUUUCAAAACUAUCUGAUCUAAUGAGUGUUAAUACAUGCAUAAAGAAACUAUUAUAUAAGCAUAGUCAUCAAGUCGGUAUACUAACACCUUACUUUGAAUAUGCUAAUUUGCCAAAAUCAAAUAUUAAUGCUGAACUGGGUGAUGAUGUCCUCGAGGUAACUGUUCUCCGUGGCAUAGCAUAUCCACUUCCAUCGCAUUAUUCUCAUAUUGAUACAUAUGUUGAUGUGGAAUUAUACAUCAGUACAUCUAGUCCAUCAAUGAAAUUAUCCACUAAUAUUACUAAAUCUAGUUGUGAACCUGUUUAUAGUCAAUCGGUUAAAGAAUUCCGUGUAAAUACAAAAGGUCAGAUAUAUAAACGUUUUGUUCAAAGUAAUCGUUGUUUAAAAGCAACAUUGUCAUUUCAUAGUGUCUAUCUUUGUGUUGUGUUUCUUGUUGUCAUAGACGAGCAAGUAGUCAUAUCUAUCAAUGUUCUAUAA